AUGAGCCAAAACACAAGGUCCAAAGUGAAGGUUCGCCCCGCCCUAUUCCCCGCCGACAAAGAAGCCGUCAGCAAAUUAUUCCUCGCAUACGCACACUCCCUGCCCAUUAGCCUGGACUUCCAAAACUUCGAGCACGAACUAGCAGAACUACCAGGCAAAUACGGCGUUGAAAAUGGCGGAGCGGUAUUUCUCGCUUACACACCACUCGAAGCUCACACAAAUGGACCGGAAGAGGAGCAAGUCAUAGGAUGUAUAGCCCUCCGCUCAUUCUCUUCUUCAAAUUCUAUUCCCACGUGCGAGCUUAAACGGCUUUAUCUUGCGCCGGAGUCCCGUGGUCGGGGCGUCAGUAAGUUAUUGCUGGAUAUGGCGAUCCAGCAGGCGAGGGUGUUGGGGUACAAGGAGAUAUUGCUAGAUACGUUGAGUAGUAUGACGGCUGCGAGGGCGCUGUAUAUGAGAUAUGGGUUCGAGGAGAUAGAGAGUUAUUAUGAGAGUGUGGAGGGUGCGGUGUUUUAUCGGCUUGUGCUUUGA